ACAGUUUGGUUUGACAUCGUGUCUCUCAUAAUCACCUAAUCAUCUAUUUCCACAAUUUUAAUUUUGAAAAUUAAUGAUGGUUCAAUCAAUUCAAAUUGUUCUACCUGUUGCAUUAUUUUUUCUAAUUGUUUUUAAUGGAUUUACUGUAGAAGGAAGUAAAAAGGAGGCACAGUUGUAUAGAGAUCUUCUUACUAACUACAGUUACUUAGUGAGACCAGUAAGAAAUCCGAAAAAAGCUUUGACAGUGACCAUGAAAGUAUUCAUUCAACAAGUAUUAUUAGUGGAUGCAAAACAUCAAAUGAUUGAAGUGAAUGCAUGGCUCAAAUAUAUUUGGACUGAUUUUCGUUUACGAUGGAAUCCACUUGAUUAUGAAAAUAUCACUUCGGUUCGAUUCCAAGGAGAAGAUCAAAUAUGGCAACCAGAUAUCUUACUCUAUAAUCGAUAUAUUGAAGAUGAGCAGGAAAGCUUUGACAUCACUUACAAAACAAAUGCAGUUGCAUACAGUGAUGGAGUUAUAAAUUGGAUACCACCAGGAAUUUUUAAAUUAAGCUGUAAAAUGGACAUAACACUCUUUCCAUUUGAUGAGCAAAUCUGCUUUAUGAAAUUUGGCAGUUGGACUUAUCACGGAUUUGCUCUUGACUUGAGAUUAGACGUCGUUAAAGGGCAAGAACCGUCAGCUGAUCUUUCUACUUAUAUCACUAAUGGAGAAUGGCAUUUGCUCUCAGCUCCAGCUAGAAGAGAAGAAAAAUUCUAUAAAUGUUGCAAAGAGCCGUAUCCAACUGUGAAAUUUUAUCUCCAUCUCCGUCGUCGAACAUUCUACUACGUUUUCAAUGUAGUUUUACCAACAUUACUUGUAUCAUUCAUGUCUCUUCUAGCAUUUUGUCUGCCUGCAACUGAUUUGAGUGAAAAGAUCGGAUUACAAACUACAAUCUUGCUAUCCGUAUGUUUCUUCUUGACAAUUCUAUCUGAAAUGACUCCAACAACAUCUGAAGCUGUACCUCUACUUGGAGUAUUCUUCUCAGCACUCACGUUCAUUGUAGCAAUGUCAACUACAUUUACUAUAUUGGUUCUAAAUAUUCGUUAUCGACAGAUCACAAAUCAUUAUUUAUCUCCAAUGUUUCGAUCGAUAUUUCUAGAAUGUUUGCCAUGGCUUAUGAUGAUGAAAAGACCAGAUCACAAAUUUCGUCGUGGAUCUUCGUAUCGUGAUAGUUCAGCAGAUCAAUGUGUUCAGUGUGCAAAAAACGCCGAGUUAAAAAGCAUUCUUCGUGGAACCGACAAUCAACAACAAAUUGAAACCAACACGUUUUAUCCGUUUCCUACAGAAACAUUGUCACUGAACAGAAAAGUUGGAGAUGGAUUGUUCAUACAACGAAGAUGCCAAAUUCAUGAAGAAGCUAGAAGUGAGAAGUUUACACAUGGAAUGCUUGCAUGUGAGAAAUCACUUCGAGAAAAUGGAUCCGAACUAGCUAAUAUAUUGGUCACAAUUUUGAAAAUGUACGAAGUAAUGGUAUCCCAAGUCGAAAGAAUUCGGAAAAGGAUUGCACUAAAAAGAAAAAGAAAGGAUAUCCAGGACGAAUGGAAGUUUGCAGCUCAAGCAGUUGACCGAUUCUGCCUUAUAAUCUUCACAAUUGUUUUUAUAAUUUGUUGCUUCAUUUUUGUUGCAAUUCCACCUAUCAAAAUAUUGGAUUGAACUAAAAAAUAUUAAAUGAAUAUUUUUAUUGUU